GUCAAAUUUUCCCACGCACCGAUCAUGCCUCGCUUGAUACGAGUCUUACCACUGGUAGUGGUAUGCGCGCUACUGGUCUAUGUCUUACUGCCUGGCCCCGAGUCGCUCCCAAAGGGGAAACCAGAGACAGGGGGGGAGGUUCCUACCUUCUUUCGUAGGGUUGUGGCAGUUGGUGACUUACACGGCGACUUGCCCAACGCGUUGAAGGUGCUGAAAAUGAACAACGUGAUUGAUGACAACCACCAGUGGACAGGGGAGGUUGAUUUCCUUGUUCAGACGGGUGACAUAAUUGACAGGGGUGACGAUACAAUUCUACUUUACCAGUUCAUGGAGGAUCUCCGGAAUCAGGCCCGUUCUUUUGGAGGGGAUGUUCUUAGUCAUCUUGGAAAUCAUGAAAUCAUGAACUCAAUAGGCGACUGGAGAUAUGUUUGGGGAUCAGAAAUCAAGACGUUUGGUUCUGUCGCAGAGCGUCAGCGGAUUAUCAGCACGGGUUGGAUAGGCGCUGCGUGGCGAACAAACUACACAAUUACUUCUCGGCUUCCAUUACAUCCUAGCCUUGGUCCUCCUAACACAGACUACACCCCAAGCGGGUCGCCGCUAUCUCAUGCUGCGUUGUCGUUCGUUCAUGGUGGGAUUUCCCCAACUUUCAUGCAAGCAACGCCUUAUCCCUCUCGGAUUAACAACCUUGGCUCUUCUCUCCUUUCCAAGCUCCAGAGAAGGAAGCAGCCCCCGCCACAUCCUCCAAACCCCUACCCCGGCCUCCCCACUGAUGCCAGCAAGGACGAGCAUGAACUUUAUGGGUCGAACGGCCCACUUUGGUACCGCGGAUGGGCGCUGGAGGAUGAAAGGAAAGUUUGCAAAGACAUCGACGCAGUGUUAGAUAAGACAGGGACCCGACACUUGAUCAUGGGCCACACGCCAACCUUCGACCGACAGGUAUCCAGAUGCAAGGGAAAAAUCAUCAUUAUAGACACUGGUAUAAGUCAUGCAUACGGAGGCGUGCUAAGCGCGCUGCGAAUCGAAUAUACUCUCACCCCAGUGAAGUCUAGAGAGUACAACAUCUUUGGGCGAAGGAUCAGAUUGUCAGUCGGUGGGGAACGGACGUACCUGGAGAGGGAAGUCAUUAACGCUGUAUACCCUCACAAGACGGAGCAGUUUGUAGUCCAAGAACGCGAAGUCGCGGGCGAUUUCGCGUAAUUCCAUUACUACAGAUGGGAUCGGCGUCAUUUGUUUUUCUGUGGGUCUAUUUGUCCAUCUAAUAAUAUUACGAAGUCAUAGAGGCUGGGGUCCUGCCUGG